UUCCCCUCCUCACACACUUCAAGCCACCCUACACUCCCUCCUCAUUUUAGACUUUCGUCGCUGCCUAAGGAUGCCGGGUCCGCCCCGCCGAUUGCACGCUGGCUCCAUGCAAUCGCCCGGUGGUCCGUCCUCUAUUCUCCCCAUCCUUCUCGGGCUUGCACUCUUGCUGCUCCGAUCGCCCACCGUCUGGGCACAGUCCUGCUUGAAGGAUGUUUGCUGGCCGGCCGCCAAUUCGGCCAUCCUUCGGGAGUAUACCUAUUCCGAGAGCGACAUCGGCACAGCCUUCUACCUACGCGCCCUGGAUCCGGCCGUGCUGGCUCCUGCUCACCAGGACGACAUGAUCGGGCUGACCUUCCAGGAUGUCCUCGGCACUAAUCCCAAGGCGACCGGCGAUAUGCUGCUGGUGUCUCGCAACUCGCUGGCCGCUUAUCGGCCAGUCCCGAGCGUUGAUCCGCGCUGGGGCGCCUCUUUCGAGCGAGCGAAUCAGAACUCCCUCGUUUCCCCCCCGGUGACACCUUUCACCUGCAAUGUUCGCUCGUCAACGACCUUCUGCGCGGCGGUCCUCCAAAACAACGCAUAUGCCAUUUCCCAACCAAGAACUGGAAGCCUCACCACGACUGCCAUGACCCGAAUUACCACAAGCCCACUGGGCUAUGCCAUCUGGACGACAGACGUGUCAACCACCGAGAUCAACGCCCUCUACGAAAGUGACUCCCUCCGUCUCACUUACAAUGAGAGCAGGACCUUCAUUCGAUCUGCCUCCCAGGCCGGUCGCAAGCUGACCGCCUUUCAUUACAACAAGAACUCCCUCUACGUGGAAAAAAACCGCGUGGUCAAUCCCAGCAACACCGCCCUGCUGACCACUCGCUCCGGUGGUCCUGGCUUCACGGCGGCCGUCACGGCCACGCGCCUGUAUUAUGAGACCGACGUGACAUUCGAUGUGCUGAUGCAACUGGACAACGGCUCGAUCGUGAUCCUUCGCGCCACCAACGGGAGCCUCAUUCCGCAGGAAGUCCUUCACUUGACCCUGCCCACAUCCUUCCCCACGAGCGGGGGACGCUUCAUCGCUGGCAACAAGCACUUCAUGAAUCCCAGCGCGCCCUUUUUCUUUUUCGCCGCGCCACAUGGCACACAAAUCCGUGUGUACCGCAUCGACAUGACAAUGGUCGACAGCCAAACCACCCGACCGAUCAUCCGCCAGGUGGCCUUCGAUCGGGCUCCCACCAAGCUGGCCAUGCUGGAUAUGGCCUAUACCGUGUCCUCGGUGUGGCGAUUGGCCGAUACCCACUUCUACCUGACCCCGGAGGAGUUCCUCUGCCCACAAUCGGCUGUCUCGGCCCCCGAUCCCACGAUCGAGUGCCUUCUCGACACGGUUGCCCGCACGGCCGCCUGGCGAUGUGCCGAGGGCCGUGGUCCCGCACACUCCAAGGGCCAGCUGUGCGGCGGAUGCGCACUCGGCUACUAUUUCCACCGCCAAACCUCCACCUGUGCCUCCUGUCAGGCGAGCAAUUGCGACAUUUGCGACCAUGCCAACCCUCGGCACUGCCUCAGCUGCCGGCCGCGCUUUUCCCUGACCGAGACCGGGUCCUGUGUGGAGUCUUGUCCGGAUGGCCGUGGCAGUGGGCGUGCGGUGUGCGACUACGAUCUUGAUCCCUUCGAGAUGGUGUUCACUCCGCCGGGGACUCCGGUAAAUGGAGCGACCGUGGCCCUUGCGGCUCCUGAACGUGGCAGCAGGCAGAACGUCCACAACAACACCAACACCAACAACAGCAGCAGCGACAGUGGCAGCGUCAUCAGCAUCGGCAAGGACCAUGCCAUGGACGCCCGUGCCCUUGCCGCGGCGCACCCUCCGGUUUUGCGGCUGGCUGUCGGUCCGCUCCAGCCCUGUGGCACGAAUGGAGCCUGCCUUGCCACCGGUGACAAUGCCCAGUCGCUCAUGGCUCUCUCGCACAGUGGGCAUCUGCUUCUCUGUGCCCUGGACUCCUCGGCCGACACGGUUUCCUGCCAGCAGACGCUCUCUCUGUUUGGCAGCACUCUCCCGCAAAAUAUCUACGGCGCCCAUAUCCAUCAGCCCAGCCCCGGGAUCCUGCACAUCGCCGUGUGCACCCCCUCCCAAGCGGCAGAGGUCAAGGUCACCUGCCAGCCCACCUGUGUGGUGUCCCCACAGUCCACCCUCCUGGGCCAGUGCCGGGGUCUCUUCGCCUGUCCGGGCGCCAGUCCAACGCAAGAGGGCCUCGUUGCGGCCUUCGAGACGUCCACCAACUCCGGCGUCUACACCUUUGUCCAGCUGCGGAGUCCGACCGGUGUGUGGUCACCACUUGUGCGUGACACCCAGGAACACGACCUGGCGUCUUCUUCCGUGCGGGCAGCCUGCGGGCUACUCAGCCAGCCGACCGCACCGGGGAUUGGAUUCCUGCACUCCAUCGGCAAUGGGCCGGUGGUGCUGCGCGAGCAGGCGCCCCUUUCGCCGACCACAGCCCACUGGCUGUCGUUGCAAACCGGGCCGCCACUUUUGAGGCAAGCCGAUUCCUGGCUCACGGGUCCGGACUUCCACCUGCUCGCUGGGCGCCUCACCAGCCGCGAGAUGGAUGAUCUUCUUCGCGUGCGUCUCAUGCCGGACAAUGGGCGCAUGGUGGCCGACCUGCUGCUUGACCACUUCCCCAAUCGGCAUAUCCACCAAGCGGUCACUUCCAACUUCGAGCCCCUCACCUACGCCCUUGGUGAGUUGCCGGAGUCGGGGCUCGAAUUUGCGAGUCUGGCGGACAUCAAUCGCGAUGGGCAUCUGGACCUGGUGCUGGUCACGACCAGCCGCAUCGGCGUGUCCAUCGCUCGGCAUACGGGGGCGGUGAUCUUCCUGCCGGUUCAGUGGCGCCCGCGCGUCGCCGGAGCCAUCGCCACCACCGUUGGGACCACCCUGGCCGAUGCCCUCGACAGUGGGCCCACCACCAUGGCCACGGGCCUGCCCCUUACCCGGCAGAUGCUGGCGAUUGUGCAGGAAUCCCGCGUCAGUCUGCUGCUGACGACGCCCGCGGGCCAGGUGGAGGUCUACCACACGGCUGUCUGCGCGGAGGGACUCUACUUCGACAUGGAGGCGAAUGCCUGCCGGCCGUGCGAUGCCCUUUGUCGGACGUGCCUCGGCCCCGGGCCCGAGGCCUGCCAUGUGUGCAAGGUACACGAUGUCACCACCGCACAGUGCAUUGCCUCCUGCCCGGCCGACACGCAUUACCUCGACCCGUCCAGUGGCGGGGUCGACUGUCGGCCCUGCCCGGGCAAUUGCACGGCCUGCCGCGUGACCGAGCCGGCCGGGGUCCAGUGCACAGUCUGCCCGGCCGGGCACUUUUUGCCCUUCCCCAGCGCCCUGCAUUGUGACCGCUGCCAUGAGGCGUGCGUCGAGUGCGACGGCUCGACCAAGGACAACUGCACCCGGUGCCCGGCGGGCCUGUUCCUCAUCAUGGCCGGCUGUCAGACCGAGUGCCCGCUCCAAUUCCGCGCGCAUGUUGAUCCGGUCGAGGGGCAUGGCGAAUGCCAGCCCUGCGUGUCUCGAUGCCUCGAGUGUCCGGCGGCCGUGGAUGAGUGCCAAAGUUGCGCUGCCGGGACCUUCUGGCAUCCGGCCACCGGUUUGGGCGCCACCGGGCCGGGAACCUGCGACAUGUGCCAUUCUACCUGCCAGUCUUGCUCGGGCCCGGGGGAGACCGACUGCCUGGAGUGCAUUGCUGGGUUGGUGCUCGAUCGCGAGCUUGGCUGUCGCCACACCUGCCAGCAGGGCUUCUACUUGGACGGCCGCGUGUGCCACCCCUGCGCCUCGGAAUGUGGCACAUGCGCCGAGGCGGCCAAUCAGUGUCUUUCCUGUGCGAGGGGCUUCGCCCAGGUGCCCGGGUCGCCGGCCCAUCGGCCCACAUGCGAACCCUGUGCGGCGGACUGCCUGACGUGCGACUCCCCGGCCGGGGCUUGCACCGCCUGCCACCCGGAAAAGGCAAUGCUUCAGCUGCCGGGCCACUUGGCCACCUGCGUGGGAAUCUGCCCGGCAGGAUACUUCCGCCAGGAGGCUCCCCAAGCGGGCUACGGACGUUGCCUCGAGUGCCAUGGGUCCUGCGAGACGUGCGACGGGCCGGAGGAACACCAUUGCCUCACGUGCGCCGACUCGCUGGGCUUUUGGCAGGGUGACUGUGUCAAUGGCACCCGGAUGACGGCCGCCGAGGACCCGGUCAAGCCCUGUCCGGAAGCCCGCUGCUUUGAUUCCUGCGGCCAGGGGCACUUCCGCUCGGAUGAGGAAACGUGCACUGCCUGCUCGCCCGCCUGCCGGAGCUGCUCCGGCCCGACCGAUCAUGACUGUUGGUCGUGCAGUGGCUCCGGCCUGAUCGAUGUAGAUGGCACCUGUCGGACCUCUUGCUCCGAUGGAUAUACGCCAUUCGGUAGCCGUUGCAACAUAUGCCACCAAAGCUGCGCCACCUGCACCGGGCUCUACUCGACGGAUUGCUCCUCCUGCGCGCCGGGGUACAUGCACGUGGACCUGUCCGGACUCCAUGGCAGUGGCAGCGGAGACAGCGGCGGCUCCCCCAGUCGGGGGACCUGCGUCAGCUCCUGCCCGGCAGGCACGACCCCGAAUGCGGGGAGGCAGCAUUGUGUUGCCUGCCCGGCCGAUUGCACGCACUGCCGCAUUGUCCCGGGAGAGCCACUGCCCCGGUGUGAUGCAUGCCGGCGGGGCAUGGUCCUGGAUCAGGCCCAGAACACCUGCACAUCGACUUGCCCUCCGGGCAAAUUCCCCUUCGCCGGUCGCUGCGAGGUGUGCCACGCGUCGUGCACCAGGUGCCACAGCCCGGGGGCCAGUGGAUGCCUGGCAUGCAGCGAUCCGGAAGCCCUGAUUCAGGCGGGACUCUGUGUGGCAACCUGCUCGGCGGGCUUCUUCCGCCAGGAGGCAUCCUCCCCCGGCGAUGUGGCCUCCUGCCAGCCGUGCGUGUCGACAUGCAGUGCGUGCAGCGGCCCGCGCAUGUCCGAGUGUCUGUCCUGCCCGAGUGGGACCUACCUGCUGGAUGGGUAUUGUCGCGGGACCUGCCCGGCGGGCAUGGCCGCCGAUUUGGCAUCAGGCACCUGUGUGCCCUGUGCGGCCGGGUGCGCCACUUGCCAUCCAUCGGAUCCCUCAUUCUGCCUUUCCUGCCCGAAGCCCGCGGGGGAUCCCUUCCGGUGGAAGCUCCACCCCCAGACGGGCCAAUGUCUGCCAGCCUGUUUGGCGGGAGAGUACGAGUGCCAACCGACGCAGACAUGCAUGACGUGUCCGACCGGCUGCGAUCGCUGCGUCCACGAUGUUCAGCCAUCCGAGCACAAAUGCUCCGAGGUCAAUGUCCGGUGCGAGUUGUGCUCCGGGCAAUUGGUCCUUCGGGGGGAUGGGACUUGCGCGGUGGACUGCCCGGCAGGUCACUUCAACCCGGAUCCCAUCUCGCAUCCAGAUGCCACUGGCCGAUGCCGGGGCUGUGAUUCCCGGUGCCUCGAGUGCCAGGACACCAGCCUCAAGUGCACGGCCUGCAGGGCCGACAAGUUUUUCAUUCCCCAGCUCCAUGAGUGUCGGGAGGCCUGCCCCGCCACGGGUUACUACCUGGUGCCGGCCGAAAAGCCCGGCGGCACAGGUGCCGGGGAGUGCCGCGCAUGCCCGCAAUGGUGUAUUUCCUGCGAAGCCCCAGCCGGCCACUGUGUCGAGUGCCACUUCGGCUACAUGGCGUACGAAGGCCUGUGUGUGGAGGGUGGCUGCCCGGCGGGAACAUACCCGGCCACGGAGACCCACUGCGCCGCCUGUGUGGAUGGCUGUUCCAGCUGCCUGGGCCCGGCCAAGCAGGAUUGCCUUGUUUGGUCAAACCCGAGACCUCGCAUGUCGUCCGGAGUGCUUGCAACCGUGAUUGCCGUGCCGAUUGUUGUGCUCCUUGCUUUGAUCGUCCUGCUGAUGGUGUUCUUCUGCCGGCGGCGUUCGCCCAGCAAGGAUCCCACUGGCCAGAGCAUGUCCCCGGGAGAUGAUGAAAACAUGACCGUGCUCAACACCCUUGUCGAAUUCUCCCUGCCGGGCUUCAUCAAUGUCGCUCUCGAAAAUAGCGUCGACCUGGGUAAUACCACCGGUCUGGGCUGUGGGAGCCAGGCCCGGGUAUUCCGCACCCAGAUCAUCGAUCCGACACUGCGGAGACGCAUUGGCACCGAUAUGGUCGCGGUUAAGGAGAUGACUCAGAUGAGCGAUCUCACCUUGCGUCUCUUCUACCGUGAGGUGUCCAUCAUGUGGUCUCUGUCCAAGACGCCGAACAUCGUGCCGAUGUACUUCUACUCCGAAAAUCCGCCGGCCAUCGGCAUGAAGUGCUUCAACAUGUCUCUCGAUGUCCUGCUCGAGUCGACGAUCGAGUUCACCCUCCAGUCCUCCCUCUCGGUCUUGAGGGACAUCGCCAACGGCCUCGAGCACAUUCACAGUGUUGGCAUUGUCCACCAGGACAUCAAGUCGAGGAACAUCUUCAUCGAGAUGAAUACCCACACUGGCAUUUGGAUGGCCGCAAUCGGUGACUUCGGUGUGGCUCAGUCGAUCAAUGCCGAUCGGCAGUCACAUAUCCAGAUGGAGAUCUCCGAUUUCAAUGCCUUCUCGAUCAUCUAUGCCAGUCCGGAGCUUCUCACGGCUGUCAUGAAACGCGCCCAGCCGGCGGUCGAACACCGAAAGACCAGUGACAUCUAUGCCAUGUCGGUGCUCAUUUGGAAGGUCCUCACGCGCAAACUUCCCUGGCCAGGCAUGACCGUCAGCGCUAUCAUGGAACAGGUCCGAAAGGGCGAGCGGCCGAGCUUCGACGGAGAUACACCGGUUGUCUUUGACCCGGAAAACCCUGCCGUGGGCAAAAUGCAGGUGCUUCAGCGCUGGUGUCAGGAACACGACCCAUCGAUGCGGCCAACCUCGGCGCAGCUUCUCGCCCGGACAACCGACAUCCUGGAUAACAUCCUCCCCCAGUCGCAGUAA